CGCGAAGGCCGCGGGCCGGGAGAAGUUUCCCAGCGUCGCCGCCCGCGGCCUCCGCGCCGAGCGGUGCGCUGCUCCCUGAGGAGCAUGAGCCGGAUCUCGGGGCUCGUGCCCGCCCGCUUCCUGACGCUGCUGGCGCAUCUGGUGGUCGUCAUCACCUUAUUCUGGUCGCGGGACAGCAACGUCCAGGCCUGCCUGCCCCUCCGGUUCACCCCCGAGGAGUACGAGAAGCAGGACGUGCAGCUGGUGGCCGCCCUCUCGGUCACCCUGGGCCUCUUUGCCGUGGAGCUGGCCGGCUUCCUCUCGGGAGUGUCCAUGUUCAACAGCACCCAGAGCCUCAUUUCCAUCGGAGCGCACUGUAGUGCUUCUGUAGCCCUGUCAUUCUUCAUAUUCGAGCGUUGGGAGUGCACCACGUACUGGUACAUUUUUGUGUUCUGCAGCGCCCUCCCAGCUGUCACUGAAGUGGCAUUAUUCAUCGCCGUCUUUGGGCUGAAAAAGAAACCCUUCUGAUCAUCCUCACUGCAAGAACGUGGAGAACAGGGCUAGGGGAGCCAGAAGCUCCCGUUCCUGGCUGGACAGCGUCACCGCGCCCCGGAAACUGCUUCUGGUGGAGGAUGUCGGUGUUGGGAUAAUUGUCUGGGAUUAUCAGCGUUUUAGUCAGUUCUUUGUAAUAAAUAAAAUCUAUUUUAUAAUAAGAUCAAAAUUUAUACAAUUUUCAGGGAACAAUUGAGGUGGCCAAACUACUGCAGAAAAAGACUGCUUUCCAGCCCAUAGAACAGGGGUCGCCUCUAUUUUGGGUAUUACGGUAGAGAGCUGGCGGCAGGGAUGGGCGGAGAUAUGCAAAUAAGAUUAUGUAUGCUCAGACCUCCCGAGCACGUAAGGGAGCAGAGCAUUCUGGGAGGAGUUAGUUUAUUCCUUUUUGGCAGUCGAAUGUAAAAAGUUUUUUUUUUUUUAAGCUACAAGUAAAUGUCGAAAUAUGAUUGGAAUAAGUCAAAGUAACUGGGUUUCUCCGUCUAACGCGUUGCAUAUUCACCCUAGCUGUUAGAGGCAUCUGCUCCUCUGAAUAUGGAAUUUUCGGGGCUAAGCGGCAUCGUCAGGUGGGAUAAUCCUUACCUGUUCCUCCUUUUGGAGAGCAGAUAGAACAUGAUGAUUGGAGUUCGCAUGAUACGUGAUUAGCGUCUCUGCGUAAUCAGGACUUGCAACACCCUGAUUGCUCCUAUCUGAUUCUUCCUGACGAUCGCUUACCAGCUUUUUGAUUUGUGCUAAACGAUAGAUGUGAGUUGUGGGAAAGUAACUUGUUUUGUACUGUGUUACGGGUUGUGUGGUUUGUGUUUGGAUAGGGAGUCUCACUUUUCCCUGAAAAUACUUUAUCUGGGGGUACUGUGUUCUUGCGUGGGCCUGUGUGAUUCUUGUCCCUGGUGGUCUACUUUGUCCCCUGGGCUCACCUGGGAAACCCUGGAGAAGCUCUCCACAAUUUUAGUUAAUUGCCAUGAGCAGAGCACAUCUUUUGAUUUCUUGUGAAAUGGUGGUUCCCAUCAGCCACACUGAGUGUCGCAAGUGGUUUAUUUCAUGGCCUUGGCAAGAAGGGUGGACUCCCUCUGGUGGGUACCCCACCUGGAAACCUGACAAAGCACCCCUGUUAAGUCUAGUCUGAUGAGACCACCCCCUCAAGAAAGCUGUUAAAAUGCAUAGACAUAAAGGACACUGUACAGAUAGGCGAGUCUACAGAGUCUACAGUUCUGUCAUAUCAGGAUAAAUAUUCUCAGGGAUCACUGUAAGCUGGGAAGGUUUCUCUGUAGGUUUUUUAACCCAGAGUGGUGGAGCCCAAGCUGUUCUAAAUAAGCGAAAAGCAUCUGGUGUUGCCUUUCAGGUGCUGCCUCACACACACAACCUUUCCUUCUGCCCCAGGCACUGUAGCCCUUCAUCCUUAACAUUCAUUCAGUGAGUGCUAAUUGAGCACAUACUAUAUGCAGAAAGCCCUGAGAGAACAGCUGUGGAUAUGACCCGUGCUCAGUCGACCCUGCUGUGGAGCAAGGAUUACUUUGCUCAAGGAGGCAGGAGUGGUGUCGCUUCCAUGAGAGCGUGACCGGAGCAGAGAGGAGUAGGAGACUUGAUCUGGAAGGUUCCGUCCCGUCGCAGCCUGCCUCAUUCCCGCCCAGUGCAGUGCUCCGACCACCUUGGGGGAAAUGACUGUCCUUCAGUAACUUUCUGAGCCAGGUGACAAACAGACAUUAUUAAAAUUUAAUUAUGUAAGCUUACAGUUAAAUAUUUUCAACGAGAUAAUAAAUACUCAAAGCUCAUUACUUCCUGAUCACUUUACUAUAAAAUGCUCUUGAGGUUGACUGCGUCUGCAUGGUGGAAAUCCUGUAUAAUGAUUUUCAACUGUGCAUCUCUUCCCUCAGUGACGAGUUGGCACUGGUGGAAAUCUACACACCCAAGAAACUGGCAGAUGCUGCAAAUCAGUCCUUGUAGGUUGUCUGGACUUUAAGACAGAGAUGGAGCAGAAUAUUAAUAAUGCAGAUUAAACUUCAGUGUUAUCUCUACAACUGUCACAUUGUGAAUAGCACCCAAACCUGAGAAAAUAUUCUCCCAGAAUUUGAGAACUAUUAUCAGAGACAAUAAAGAAGCACUGUGAAAGCACUGCAGUUUCAACAGAUAAAUCAUUGUUUCAUU